CAACUGGGGCACUCGAAUGAAUUUCCUUGAAAAUUCUUGUCACUUUUGUAGAAAAUCAACAUCAACAUCUACAAUAGAGCCUAGCGCAGCGCUCACUUCCUCACUGAGUACUGAGAGCAUCCUGUCACAAUAUUCAAAGCGCAACCGCAGGAUAUAGCUAUGCGAGAUGAAAUCUUCGUGUGUCAAAACAAAAAUUUCAACACUCUCUGCGGUAGAUGCGGUUCAGUGAUGCUGAGGAUUUAGUGCGUUUUUGUUGUGGACCGUUCUCGACAUUCGUUUUUUGUAAAGAAAAAAAUAAUAUACAAAUUAAGAAAAAAUAUUGUCUAAGGAUUUGGUUUUUCCUUUAUCGGGUUUUUGUAAUAAAUAUGUUUCGCUAAAAGUAAUUUUUUAAAAUUACAAAAGUGAUUAAGGAUACAACCCCAAUAUUUUCGAGUAACCCAGAAGGAAGCGAAAAAAAAAUCAAGCCCAAUUUUUUGGAAAUGAACUAUGAGAGGAAAUAUCUACUUGACACACACUAUGUAACCAGCAAACGUGACUUCUAUCAUUAUCACCAUCAUGCGCCCAAAAACAAAGCACAAUUAAAAAAAAUCAUCGUAAUAUUCGUCUUUAUAUGUUUUUUCUCUUACGUCUUCAUCGAUUUCAACCUCAAGACCAAAAUAAAUCGACUUAAAGAUCGAUUUGAUUUCUCACCAAAAGUCGAUGCCUUACCAGAAAACAUUAGCCAGGCGUAUUUUGUUGAUACGCCUGGCUGUCGAAUGCCUAGUUUUAAUGUAGUCGAUGAUACAAUAUUGCAAUACAUGUUUCGAAUACCGAAAUUUACAUGCAAUAAGGCACUUAUCAGAUCGGUUGGCAAUGAAGGUUUAGCUUUGAAUAUCGAAAAAAGUGAAUUUAUCGAACUUUACAAUAUUACCAAUCCAGAAAAAAUAUCAUGUUAUUAUCAGGAAUUUGAACGAAAAACUGAUACGAAAAACGAAUUCGCUCAGCAUCGAUAUGAGUUGAAUUUAAACGAUAACCAAGUUAUCAAAGUUAUCUCAAAUGCUGAGUUCGUGAAAGUCGUUUGUCAGUACAACGAUGCAAAACCAUUUUACAAAGAUUUUCACUUCUUUGCUGUCCCGAAAGGUGUCGAAAAACCUACCACAACAACGAUAAAUAGUUUCGAAUUGGACGAAAGUUCGAAAAAUCAUCGAACAAGUUCGAAUCCUACACAUGCCGAAAAGAAGAUAUCAGUUAUGGUUAUAGGAAUCGAUAGUGUGUCAAGGCUGAACUUUUUAAGGCAGAUGAAUCGUACAGCUGGAAUGGUACGAGAUGCCCUAAAUUCUGUGGAAUUUAUAGGCUACAAUAAGAUUGGUGACAACACAUAUCCGAAUCUUGUGCCAGCUUUGAGUGGCUUGGAAGAGAGCGAGCUUAACCUAGCUUGUUUAGCUCCCAUUCAUGGUAGAAAUGUCAGCUACGAUAACUGUCCGUUUAUUUGGAAGAAAUACAAAGAAGCCGGUUUCAAAACGGUUUUCGCUGAAGACGUGGCAAAUUUAGGCUUGUUCAAUUAUUUUCGAACUGGAUUCACAGAGCAACCAACUGACUACUAUCUCCGACCGGUUUUAAUCGAAAUGGAAAAAUACAUCGCUUAUAAAAAGAAAGCCAACAUGCGACUAUGUUUGGGCGGAAGGCGGGCUGUUGAUGUUGUCUUAGAGUUCAUUAAAAAGCUCAUACCGUUUUUCAAACGCGAUAUGUUCUUUUCGUUCUUUUGGAUGGCUUCUUUGACACAUGACUUCUUCAAUAUGCCAUACCUCUUGGAUGAAGAUAUUGUCGAGCUCUUCGAUGAGUUACGAAUGUCAGGUGUAAUGGAUCGAACAAUUGUCUUUUUGAUGAGUGACCAUGGUCUGCGAUGGGGAUCAUUUCGGAAAACAUAUCAAGGUAUGAUGGAGGAACGACAACCUCUGUUGGUAAGCAUUUUUCCAGACUGGUUUGCCCAGCGUUACCCACUAGCUGUCACGAAUUUGCGAGAUAACGCUAAGAAACUCACAACGCACUACGACUUGCAUGCAACAUUUCUUGACCUCCUCGAUCUGUCAUCAUUAGAAACAAACAUGCUCGAAUUACGUGCCUCGGAACUCAAAGAAGCCGACACAAUUCCUCGGGGAAUUAGUCUAUUCCUUCCGGUUCCAGUGACAAGAACUUGUGAAAAUGCAGGCAUUGCAUCUCACUGGUGUACGUGUCAUCAAAAACAAACUUUGCUUACAAAUGAUGGGCGAGUUCAACGAGCAGCGCGUUACAUUGUCAAAUUGAUAAAUGACAAACUUAAACCCUAUCCCCAAUGUCGAAUGCUUUAUCUGAAUUCGAUUGCUGAAGCUAUUAUUGGUGCCUCUAAUCAGAAAAUUUUAAAAGAAGUUACCACAGAUUAUCUGAUUGAUAUAACGGUUCGUGUUCAAACGAAACCGGGUUUGGGAGAGUUUGAGUCAACCGUCCGAAUGUCUUCGUAUACAACGCAUCUAACGGGGACCAUAAGUCGAAUUAAUAUGUAUGGAAGUCAGAGUUAUUGCAUAGAUGAUUAUACACUUAAGAUGUUUUGCUAUUGUCAUAGAUAAGGCAGUAUUGGAAUAUAAGGUAUUAAGAACUUAGAUUAUAAUAUUUAAAGUAAGAACGUAUACCAAUUUACAUUAAGUGAUUCGGAAGUCUGAACAUACCUAUAUUUUUUUUUUUAAGUGGAAUAUUAUUAAACACGUUGUUAUUGGUAGAGAGAAUAAGUUGGCUUGAAUUUUUUCUUUUAA